AUGAAAUCUCUAAAAAUUAACAAUCAAUUUAUCAUAUCUCGUAAAUUAGCAGCUGGCAGUUUUGGAUUUGUAAUGUUAGCCUAUGAUUAAAAGUCUGAAUAACAAGUAGCAAUUAAAUUUGAAAAACCUGAGAAUCAACAUCAUCAUUCAUUAGAAAAAGAAAUUGACAUAAUAAGAAGACUAGAAGGUGUUUAAGGAAUACCAUAAUUAAUUUAUUCUGGAUAAGAAGAUGAUUUUAAUGUCCUUGUUUUAUAACUUUUAUCAAAAGAUUUAUCAACUUUGAUAAAAAAACAUAAACAAUUUAGUCUAAAAACUACAUUAUAAAUAGCUAUUAAAUUAGUUGAAGUCUUUUAAGAUAUACAUCAGAGAGGAGUAUUACAUAGAGAUCUUAAACCAGAAAACAUUAUGAUAGAUGAAAAUAAUAAGUUCUAUUUAAUUGAUUUUGGAAUUAGUAAAAUUUAUCUUAAAAAAAAUGGAUCAAUUUUGUACAAAAUUAUUAUAUUUAGACCUUUCAAAGAUCGUUAACCAUUUAUUGGUACAUCUCGAUAUGCAUCAAUAGCAGCUCAUAAAGGAAAUGAAUUAGGUAGGAAAGAUGACCUGGAAUCAAUGUUUUAUGUGUUAUUAUUCUUUAUUUUUGGGUAAAGAUAUUAUAUCACUAUAUAUCAGUAAAUUACCUUGGUAGAAUAUAAAACAAAUACAUAGUGAUUUCAAAAUUGAAUAAGUUGGAGAAAUGAAACUUUUAAAAACAAAUGAACUAUUAAAUGAGCUUCCAAUUGAAUUUAAAAAAAUUUAUGAGUAAUUUACAGUAUUAAAUUAUUAAGUUACUUAAGAAAAUUGACUUAUGCAACUGAACCAGACUAUAAAGCAAUUAUAAAACUUUUUUAAUAGGCAGCUAAAAAUUCAAAAAUAAUAUUAGAUACUUUUUAUGAUUGGGACCUAUAAAAUACAACAUUGACAGGAAAUUUUUCUCAUUUUGGAACUAUAUAAUUUGAAGAUAAUUUAUAAUCUGAUAAAUUAUCUUCUAAGUAAAUUAUGUAAAAUUUAAAUAUUCAAAUUUAUAGGCAUCUAAAUACUUAAUCUGCUAGUCCUGUAAAACGUAGAACUGCUGGUCCUACAAUGAUGAAACAACAUCAGCCUUUUUUAUAAAUAAUAAAAGAUUAAAAGAGUAGAGGAAGUAGCCAUAGUCCUUUUUCUAAAAUUGAAGGAUUGAAUUAAAGUUCAAUAGAUGAAAUAAGUGAAGAUUCAGAGUAUGUUAUUCCAAAUGAAUGUGAACAUAAUUGUAAUAUUCGAAUUAGAACUUUACCUGAUAAAUUAAAAAAACCUAAAUUAAAAACCUUCUAAAACCAAACAUUAUGUUUCGAUGAUGAAUGGUUAAUAGAAUCUGAUAAAAAUUUAGUAGAUAAUUAUAAGAAUUUAGAAUCUAUAAGUUAUUAAAUUACUACUAUAUUUCAAAAUAAAUUAAAAUGA